ACAAAAAGUAUGGCAGGUGUCAAAGAAUUUGGGGAAGAUGACCGAUUGUAUACAGUGUUUUAAGUUAAUUUCAUUUGCGGCUAAACAGUGAAAUGUCUUCGGAUACUGUAAAAUCGCCGCGAAUCGAAGAUUUGAUCUCCUCAGAAGAUGAUACUUUGGGAUCCUCCGUAAGUCUGAGUGUUGGGGAGAAUUCAGUGCGCAUUAAGAAAAAAGCCAAAUCUACCAAAGAAAUUGAACAAUUAUUGGCUGAUAAGAAACACACGCAAGAUAAAUGGUGGUUGAAGAGACCUGAAACACGCCUAGAUAUCUUAAGUGCCAAGAAUGCGGACACAAAGAUGAAGCAGUCUCCUACUCCUACAUCGGAUGUCAGCUCUUCCAUGAAAGAGUUUCUUGAGAAAGAAAGGAUGUGCAAAAUAGCGUCGAAAAGCGAAGGAGAACUGAAAGACAAAGAUGAUACAUUAUGCGAUAUACUUGCAUCUGCAGCUUUUGAUAAAUAUCCAUCAGAUUUUGAAAAUGCUACUGAUGAAGAUAUUGGUAGUAUAUUGGAGGAAAUGAGCAAGAUUGCUGGUGCAUUAAGUCCUAAUUCAGGCCCUGAACGUACCAAAUCUGUUGAUUCCAGUAAGAAUCCUACCGAAGAAGAAAAGUCAGUAGAAGAAUUAUUAGAGGAAGCCGAGAAAUUAGUGAAGAAAAAUAGUAAUACUCUGUCAAAAAGUAUAUCCAAAUCUGAUACUUUAGUACCGGAAAAUAAUCAAGACGAAAGCCUCAAUAGAGUAAGGCAAUUAGAAGCUGAUAUUUUUCAAUUAAUAGAAGAAGAAGUUUAUAAAGAAACAGAAAAGAUAAAGAGAAGUCCGAAAAAUGAGAAAAAACGAGAAAAUAGUCCCGGAUUUGAAAUUGUUUAUGAAAGCCUAAAUAGUUUGAAACCACCAAAGACACUGGAACUUCAAAGGAAAAAGUUUGAGGAACAAAAAGUCGAAAUAUCGAGCAGUUCCGAUUUGGAUGAUCCGAUUGAGAGACAUUCCAAGUCCGAGGAAUUAAAAAGCACAAAGAAAAUAGAAAUAGAAAAGGAAAAUCUGCAGAAGGAAAUCACGGACGUAGACAAGAAUUUUUUUGAAGAUUUCUUAAGGAAAUCCAAAGAAAAGGCGGAAGGUAGAAUAUCCGGGAGUUCCAGUUUCGGGCAAGAAGAUUUCUCACAUUUCUUGAAGCUGCUUCAAGGACAAAACAUAGAUAAGAAAGAGCCAGAAUCAAAAGAACCUAAUGUAGUCUAUGAUCUUUUGAAAUCGACCAAUGCAAAUCGUGAACUAUCCAAUGUAGAGGAUCAGCUAGUUAAUGGCAAAACUCCCGAGUUUCCGGAAAAAGAAUUUUCUGAGAUAUUAGGAAAGGAAUUAUCAGAGGCUAAAGGUGUACAUGUUGAACAUGAAAUUAAUGAAAGUGAUUCCAGUGUUAGUGAAAGGCAUUCUAAACGAGCAUCUAGUUCUCCAUUAAUUGCGGCAACAUUCUUGCAAAAUUCUAAUAAAAAAUCUAAAAAAUCUGUAUCAACAGACGUAGAAAGAGAAAGUAAUAAAAAUAUAACAGAAGACAAUAAAAAGAUGAAUUCUGAAGGUGAAUUAUAUACAGUGGGAUUGACACCAAGAUUAGAACUGUUUGCAGAUGCAAUACCCAAACUUAUGGCUGAGAAAUUAAGUGAAAAUGUAAAAGAGAAUGUAGAAAAGACAGAUUUGGUGCAUAAAAAAUCUAUAUGCACAGAAGGAAAGAUUGAUACAAAAAAGGAAAAUUUGGAUAUUGCCAAAGCAUCCAAAGUUUCUAGGAUGAAUCAUCAAGAAGUGUCUGGUCACAGUGUUUUGAAAAAAACAACAGAUGUAUGUAAAGCCGAUCGCGUAGUUAGUGCACCGAGCAAUAAGCAAUUGAAGAAAGAAAUAAGAUUUUGUAAAUCCAAGAGCUAUGAUCAAAUAUGCCAGCCUCCUCUGAGAACUUCUCUCGAAAAUAUCAGAGUUAACAAAGCAUCAGAUGCAUCUAAGAAAUCUGUAAAUUUGGUUUCUAAAAAAUCACCAAUGGUAAAACCAAAAGUGCAAUCCAGAUCAAUUCCUAAAACAAUAUCGAAGCCUAAUGUAUUUCCAAAACCAAAAAUGGAUUCUGCCAAAACCGGAUCUACAUCUAGUUUACCAGCUGCGUGCAAAGGCUCUCAAUUAAAGUCGCCUGACAGUUACAGGAAAAAUUUAAUGGCUGCUGGAGAUUCGAAACAGAUUACCAUGAAACGUGAUUGGGAAAUGUUAUGCCGUGAGGAGAGGCAUAGGAAUGCGCUUCUAAAGCAACAAUUGGAAGCCGAGGCGAAGCUGUAUAAAAAUCAAAUCGAAGAGAUGCGUACGUCCUUCGAGACUGAACUGUUUGCCUUGAAGAAACAGAAUAUAAUUUUGAAAGCAAGAGUCGAUGAGCUUUCUCUGAACGAGAGGCUCGUGGAAGUUCCAGUCAAGAAUGAUACAAAAAUCAUUCUUUUAGAACAAGAAUUGGAAAAGCAGGAGAAUCUAAUCCGCGCUUACGAGACCGAAAACAAGAAAUUGAUACAAGAUACCAAACGUAUGCAAGAGGAAUUGAAAAAUUUGCAGUCAAAACAAAAGAUUACGGUAUCGGAGGCAAACGACAUGCAACAGCUCACUGAUCGGGUGAAAGAUCUUCAGGAAGAGACAUUGAAAUUGAAUCUCGAAGUGUCCGAAUUAAAAGAGAAAAACGCCGAUUGCUUACUGAAAAACGACGAUUUGAAUCAACAAAACAGUUUACUCACGGACGAAUUGGAAAUGUUCAAGGAGCAGUUGAGAGCAAAAAACAACUUCAUUACAGAUCGAUUACAAGUGAUGAGCACCGCGGAAUUAGAACUGAAGAAACAGAUAGAAGAUUUAAGUAUUAAAUUGAGCUCAAAAUCAGAGCACCUACGAGUAACGAAACAGGAGCUAGAGAAGUUUCAACGAGACGUAUUGCCUUUAGAGAAAGAACUGAUGGAACUCAGAAUUAAGGAGGGAAAUCUCCAGGAGAAAUUGCAUAUAAGCAAGAGUCACAUCGAACGUGAAAAGCAGCUGACUCAGAAACUCAAGGAUCAAGUUAUUCUAGACAAUAAGAAAAUCAUAGAUCUUAACAGGCAAGUACGCGAAUUGGAGCGUAUACUCAAGAGGAAGAAUCCAGAUUCAGUCUCGGCUCUCAUAUUGACUGCCAAUUCGGAACAGGAAAAAAUUGGUUCCGAGAAAGUAAAACUUCUGGAGGAAAGAAUAGCGAGUCUCGAAAACGAGAUUAAAGAUAAGGAGAAUAUCGCGCAGCAAAAUUUAGUUGACUUGCAGAAAAAAUUUUCUGACAUGAAGGAGAAAUAUAUGACGCAGAUAACGGAGUUGGAGGCGAAACUAUUGGAAGCUACCGCAAAAGAACAUAAGUUAUAUAAUGACAUGUUCACGCAGACAGUCAGGCAUGUCGAGAGCAAAAGUGUCGAGACUAACAAGAGAGACGAUAAAACUUCGGCGAAAGAAGAAGAGAAGAAAGAUCAAAAGGCGAUGAAGGUUGGACCAAAGUCUCAAAAUCCUAAAGAGGACGCGCAUCUUAUCGCUACUAUAAGAGGCUUGAAACUGGAAAUCACGAAUAAAGAUAAAGCAAUCUCGAAGAUAACCAAGGAAUAUCAGGAGUUACAGAAGACGAACCGGAGAUUGCAGAAGGAACGAGAGAAAUUAUUAAAUGAUCGGAGAAGUUUCAGAAGCAUGGAUUUUGAGAAAGCGUUUCGAGGAAUGAAAAACGGCGAAGGAAACGAUCAAAAUUCAAAUGUCUAUCAAAACGGACACGUUUCUGACUCGCAAAGACUGUCGUCGUCGACACCAAAGUUGUACGAUCCGAUGCAGUACACGGAAAACGGCAAGAACGGUGUCAUCAAAAAGUUAACUAAUGAAAACGACAUUUUGAAAGAAGAACUAAACAAGAUAAACAAGGACUUUAUGGCUCUAAAAAGCAAGAGACUACAUGAUUUGAAUCUCUUGCAAGAGGAACACGAACGAGAAAUGGCUACUCUUGUGAAAGAAUAUAGCAUCAAAUUUGGAGAUUCUAAAGUGGUAAAGUUACAGGGCCAGGUUAAUACUCAGGGAGCGAUUAUAUCGCAUUUAAAGGAACAGAUCGAAAAGUUUAGAGAUUACAAGGAACAAGUAGUUGUGCUGAAGGCCGAAAGAGAGCAUUUAGAGAACAAAGUGAAAACGCUGACCGAGAAAGUCAAGUACUUAUCAACACCGGAAACGGAACAAUUGCAGUUGUUGCAGGAUAAAAUUACGAUUCUCCAGCAACGGCACGAGAGUAGAGAAAUGACCUUGCAAACGUUAAUUCGUGACUUAUUGAGGAAUCGAACGCAAUGCAAGGAUUGUAAAAACGAGAAGGGCAAAAAUCGGCAGCUUUGCUACUUUCGGCAGGAGCUUGAUCAUAUUUUAGGGAUGCUACAGGAGAUCACUAACGUCCAUUGAUAUCGCUGAAUCGAGAAAUCGUCUCUAUUAUUGUACAAUACAUCAGAUGGUUCUCGGUUCUCAUCGAAUAUUGUGAUAAUUUUUACAGGAUUAAGACUUGCGAUGUAAUCUUAAAUAAUUCCCGAGAGAGGCAUUAGAUAUCGAAAGUAUAUAGGUACGUUUGUACGCGUUUGUUCGCGUUACAUUUAGCCAAAAUAUUUAGUCGAUAUCCUUUAAUCGACUCUUCCAGGAUUUGUAAGGAUUAUUAUCGUUAUUAAUGCGCAAUCUUCUUUCUCGCGUUCAUGGUACACUGUUCGUUCUGCGAGUUCGUGCCUAUCAGCGUGGAAUUUGCAAAUUAUUCGGUAGGAUCACUGCCAGAGAAACGCUAUCGCGAACUAGCGUAGUCCAAUGACGAACGAACGUACAACUGUAUCACAAUUUUUUCUAUCUGUCGUCAAUUUUCUUGCCGCGCGUGCAAUAUCUCGAAAUACUGCCCCGCUUUAACUAAUCGAUUUUUAUUGAAUUAGAAAUUAAUUUUUAUAUACGUCGUACAUUCUUAAGAGAUUAGCUAAUAUUUUUUACUUAUUUAUUUAUUUAUUGAAUCUUGAAUAAAAAAAAAUUGCACGGCUGUUUAUACAACUUCUUUUUUCAUUGAUGUUAUUACAGCUUAUUUUGUUCUAAAAUCGUAUGACACGAUAAUUGGGGAGAGAGGGGAAGAAGAAAAGAUAAAAGUAGGCGAAUAAAAAUAUCUUCCAAAGAUAAAUGAUAUCUCUAGUUUUUUACUCGAUAAUUUUUGGAAACUUUGCUGUGUAUAUAGAGCGUUAAGAUAAACCGCUGUAUUUAUUUCGGAUAAAACUCUGCGUCGGUUUAUUCGCGAUCAACGAAGUCGAGUCAACGUGCUCGACUAUAUAUCAUGUGUAUUAUCGUAUACAUUAUAAAUACUCUAAUUUAUUAUUACUGUUGCCAAGUGUAGCUGGUGGUUUAACGAUCUCAUUAAAUGUAGUCUGUACGCGUCAUAACAAACGCGAGCACGUCGCACAAAUCAACGUGGCCGAGGCUGAAGGAUGAGCAAUAAAUGGAAUGCCUAUUUUUCUGAAACGCUUUCUAUGCGUUUUCAAGGCACUCAUCUUUCUGAGACUCGGUUACGUCAAAUCACACAAUCACACUCUUUUUCUAAAUAGAUUUAAGAUCGUUACAAAUACACAUAUAAUGUACAAAAUUCAAAAUAACUUUAAUAAACUUAAUCUUUUCGUCGACUAAUCGAUAUCUUUUC